CCCCUCUCCUCUUCUCCCCUCUCCCUCUCCUCUUCUCCCCUUUCCUCUUCUCCCCUCUCCUCUUCAUCUUUUUUUUGUCACUGACUUCUCACCAGUGAUGUCAUCAUAACCAGUAACCUGUUCCUCUCUUGGCCCAGCCUGACCCUGACAUAUAGCAUCAGGCCUGUUGAGUUGACUUGGGUAGCUUCUACACCACAUCCCUCCCCCUUCUGCUGCUCUAACAUGAGACCUCAUCAGUACUCAUUUUGGGUGCUGGUACUGUUUAUAUUUAGGUGCUUGAACAUUAAGCCAAUAUUCUAUAAGAGGUGAACUCAAGCAGUAGAAAGUUAGAGGUGAUAUUAUAGGACACUAUGUGAAACAUUGCUGCUCUGUCAGCAGUUUCCUGUGGAGUUUUUUUUAACAUAUCAGUUUGCUGUAGUGUGUUCAACAACUGAUCCAAGAUAAGUUGCUAAGAAGUUAAUCUCACAUCAUUGAAGUUAGGACAUAAUGAGAGAGAAGUCAUAUAGCCUAGCAGUAUUUUCCACUCUUCAGUCCACUCUUUAUGACAGCAGACAGUGGAGCCCCAGUUAGAGACAGACAUGAUACCUGCACUGAUACUGAUGACCCUGUUGUGGAGCACAGAUCUCCAGGCUCAAAGCGUCAGUCCACCAGAUCUCCAGGCUCAAAGCGUCAGUCCACCAGCUGAAUACUCAGUCAGACUGGUGGAUGGGACCACUUCCUGUUCUGGGACAGUGGAAGUCUUCUAUGAAGGAGAGUGGUUGGGUCUAUGUUCUGGGUGCUGGAGCAUGAUGAGAGAGGUUAAAAAUUUUGUGUAGAGAGCUGGACUGUGGAGAUGUUGUAGCUGAAUCUAUAGGACCUCAGUUUGAAACGGGAAGAGGAAUAGUCACAAUAUAUAGUAUGUGUAGUGGACAUGAGUCUUCUGUUGGACAGUGUGUCAUCACAGGAGGACCUGG